GAAUCAUUUGCGCUCGCAGUGAGUCAGUGGUCAUGUGAUUCAGUGUUGUUCUGUGUUUACAGUGACUCUGGUCAUUUGAAUCAUAUGUGCUCGCAGCGGUCAGUCAUGUUUCUCGCGCUGCUCGCGGUGUUUCUGACGCUCUCUGUCGCGCGUGGCGGCGCUCCGUCGGUUCCGCCGCACGAGGAGGUGGCUCGGAUGGCUCGGUUCGUGGUCCAUAAGUGUGACUGGGCUUCGAUGGCGACGAUCUCCACUCACGAGCCGGUGAGAGGACAGCCGUUCUCCAACACCUUCUCCAUCAGCGACGGGCUCGCGGGCAACGGAACCGGAACCCCGUACAUGUACCUGACUCACAUGGAGAUCUCGGUGCAGGACCUGCAGGUCAAUCCGCAGGCGUCUCUGUCCGUGUCUCUGGCUCAGACGCACUACUGUAAGAACCACGGCUUCGACCCUCAGAGCCCUCUGUGCGCUCACAUCAUCCUGUCCGGCUCCGUGCUGCAGGUGAACGACAGCGAGGCGUCCGUGGCUAAAGCCGCUCUGUUCGGCAGACACCCGGAGAUGAUCGACUGGCCCACGGACCACAACUGGUUCUUCGCCAAGUUCAACAUCACUCAGGUGUGGGUGCUGGACUACUUCGGCGGAGUGAAGACCGUCACGCCCGAGAGUACUACAGCGCCGCCCCGCACCGGACGCACGCCGGAAGUGACACGCGGUGAUCUUGAUGAACUGGAUCAGAAGAGUCUCAGAUUGAUGAAUAACUCUCAGGUCGUGUGUGUGUGUGUGUGUGUGUGUGUGUGAAUCUACAUGUUUGGAAGCGUUUAGAAUAAAUGCUCAGAAUCAUUUUUGCAUUUUGCACAAGCUUUUUAACUUUAACAGCAGAUCUUCUGUGGAAAUGCAGUGGAAAUCAUGAGAUGAGAUUCACGUGUCACUCAUACAUGUUUAAUUUGGUGUUUGUCAGCAACCUUUGACCCCUGACCCCUGACCCAAAUGUGACUCUCACGAGGUGAUUUUUUGCAUUUAGGCUCAUUUUGCUCAUAUUUUAUAAUGGAAUUGAAUGUAAAAAUAAGUCAAACAUUAUUUACUCAGAGUGAUUCUUUUUCAGAUGUAUAUUUGGAAUCCGUGUGUGAUGUGAUAAUAGAGUGUGCCGUGAAAUAAAGAUCUCACAGAG